AUGGCCAUGGUUAAUGUAACCAAGACUAAUUUGCAAAAAAUGAGAGAUGAAGGAUGGGAUUCUCAUAUGGAAAAGGUAAUUUCUUUUAUUGGUGACUAUGACAUUGCAGUUCCAGAUAUGGAGGCUAAAUAUGUUGUUCCCGGGAGGAGGUUGUUUAGAGGUAAAUGCCCACAAGUGUCCAAUCUACAUCAUUUUCGAGUUGAAGUUUUUUUUGGUGUCAUUGAUCUUCAAUUGCAAGAACUUGAAAAUCGAUUUCCCGAAAUAACUAAAGAACUACUUGUGUGUAUGUCUUGUUUGAGUCCUGUGGAUCGUUUUUCUAAGUUUGAUAAGGAAAAAUUGAUUAAGCUUGCAAAAUUCUAUCCUAAUGAAUUUCCAAGUUCAGAAUUGAUAGUCUUUGGUCAUACACUUGAUAGUUACAUUUGUUCUGUUAGAGGAGAUGAAAGGUUUUGGAAUUUGAAGGGUCUUAGUGAUCUUUCAAUCAAAUUGGUUGAAACGGGAUUGUCUGAAACUCAUGAUAGGGUCUAUUUACUUUUGAAAUUGGUGUUGCUUCUUCCUGUCGCAACGGCAAGUGUGGAAAGAGUAUUUUCUGGCAUGAAGCAAACUGAUGCUAAAUCCAAGCUGGAAAGACAGCUUAAGUUGGGAGAUUAG